UUCAAAUCAAAACAACAGCUUCCUCUCCCUCCUUACUUAUCUCUUCCUCUCCAAACAACAUUUUUCUUUCGAACUCCCAAGUUUAUGAUCUUUAGCAGACCAUCAAUCUUCAACAGGAGCUAGCCAGCUAGCUAACUCUCCAUUGAGAGAAAUCAGCUUGUUUAAAUACUUGUUCUUGGAAGCUAGAUAUUCUAAAACAGGGCUCAAAAGCCGAAAAAUGGCAGCAAAUGAUUGGAUAAACGGGUACUUGGAAGCUAUUUUAGAUGUGGGAAGUAGUCUAAGGAAAAGAAAUGAAGGCAAGUUGAAUGUUGUUAAGUUUGAAGACAGCAAGGAAAAGGAAGACAAGUCUUUUAGUCCAACUAAGUACUUUGUGGAAGAAGUUAUCAAUAGCUUUGAUGAGUCUGAUCUUCACAGGACAUGGGUCAAGGUGAUAGCAACAAGGAAUACUCGUGAACGGAGUAACAGGCUUGAGAAUAUGUGCUGGAGAAUUUGGCAUCUUGCCCGUGAAAAGAAAAAGAUAGCAUGGGAUGAUGCACAAAGGCUUGCCAGAAGACAGUUGGAGCUAGAGCAAGGGCGUAAUGAUGCUGCAGACGAUCUUUCUGAGCUAUCCGAGGGAGAGAAGGAAAAGGGUGAUGCCAACUUCUCAGAACCUGUCAAGCAUUUCAGCAGAAUUAACUCAGAUAUGCAAAUAUGGUCUGAUGAUGAAAAGCCUAGGCACCUGUACAUUGUGCUAAUCAGUAUACAUGGUCUGGUGCGUGGAGAAAAUAUGGAACUUGGAAGAGAUUCUGAUACAGGUGGUCAGGUAAAAUAUGUUGUUGAACUUGCUCGAGCUCUAGCAACUACAAAAGGAGUCUAUCGAGUGGAUCUCUUGACCAGACAAAUAAGUUCCCCUGAUGUGGACUUUAGCUAUGGUGAACCCAUUGAGAUGCUGUCAUGCCCACCCGAUGGCUGUGGAAGUUGUGGAGCUUACAUUGUCCGCAUUCCUUGCGGUCCCCGUGACAAGUACAUACCAAAAGAAUCACUCUGGCCUUACAUACCCGAGUUUGUUGAUGGGGCUUUAAGCCAUAUUAUGAACAUGGCUAAAGCUCUAGGGGAACAAGUUAAUGGGGGAAAGCCUACUUGGCCAUAUGUAAUUCACGGCCACUAUGCUGAUGCUGGGGAGGUGGCGUCACAUUUGUCCGGGGCCUUGAAUGUGCCCAUGGUGCUAACAGGACACUCUCUGGGGAGGAACAAGUUUGAGCAAUUACUUAAACAAGGAAGGCUUUCUAGGGAAGACAUUAAUGCAACCUACAAGAUAAUGAGAAGGAUUGAAGCAGAAGAGUUGGGGUUGGAUGCAUCUGAGAUGGUGGUGACCAGCACAAAGCAAGAGAUUGAAGAGCAAUGGGGCUUGUAUGAUGGGUUUGAUCUGCAGUUGGAAAGAAAGCUUAGGGUUAGGAGGCGCCGAGGAGUAAGUUGCAUGGGAAGACACAUGGCGAGAAUGGUGGUUAUACCUCCUGGCAUGGACUUCAGCUAUGUAACAACACAAGAUUCAUUGGAAGGUGAUCUCAAGUCAUUAAUUGGCUCUGACAGAACUCAAACUAAAAGGAAUCUGCCUCCAAUAUGGUCCGAGAUAAUGCGCUUUUUCACAAACCCUCAUAAGCCUACUAUACUUGCAUUGUCCCGUCCUGACCCAAAGAAAAAUGUCACCACAUUACUCAAGGCUUUUGGGGAGUGCCAGCGCCUCCGAGAGCUAGCCAAUCUGACUCUAAUACUUGGUAACAGAGACGACAUUGAAGAGAUGUCUAACAGUAGCUCAGUUGUUCUCACAGCUGUGCUCAAGCUCAUUGACAAGUACGAUUUGUAUGGUCAAGUUGCUUACCCCAAGCAUCACAAGCAAACUGAAGUUCCUGAUAUUUAUCGUCUGGCUGCAAAAACAAAGGGAGUUUUUAUUAAUCCUGCUCUGGUGGAACCAUUUGGUCUCACACUUAUAGAGGCGGCUGCUUAUGGUUUACCUGUUGUUGCUACCAAAAAUGGUGGACCGGUGGACAUUUUGAAGGCUCUUAACAAUGGCCUAUUAGUAGACCCUCACGAUCAAAAAGCAAUAGCUGAUGCACUUCUAAAGCUUGUUGCUGACAAAAACCUCUGGACAGAAUGCCGAAAAAAUGGCUUGAAAAACAUUCACCGCUUUUCUUGGCCAGAACAUUGUCGUAACUACCUCUCCCACAUUGAACACUGCAGGAACCGCCAUCCAACAAGCCGUCUUGAGAUCACAUCAAUCCCUGAAGAGCCAAUGAGUGACUCUCUAAAGGAUGUGGAAGACCUGUCUUUGAGAUUCUCUAUAGAAGGAGAAAACAAAUUUAACGGAGAGCUAGAUGCAGCAACUAGACAAAAGAAACUAAUUGAAGCCAUUAGCCAAGCAACUUCAUCCAAUGGUAAUGCAAGUGUUACUUAUAGUCCAGGUAGGAGGCAGAUGCUAUUCGUGAUAGCUGUUGAUUGUUAUGACUGUAACGGAAAAAGCACAGAGGCCUUCCAAGAAAUUACCAAAAAUGUGAUGAAAGCUGCAGGAUUAUGCGUAGGAUUAGGCAAAAUAGGUUUUAUACUGUUAACUGGCUCAAGUUUACAAGAGACAAUGGAAGCUUUAAGAUGUUGCCCUGUGAAUAUAGAAGACUUUGAUGCAAUAAUAUGUAAUAGUGGAAGUGAGAUGUACUAUCCAUGGAGGGACAUGGUGGCUGAUUUGGACUAUGAAGCCCAUGUGGAUCACAGGUGGCCUGGUGAAAAUGUUAGGUCUGUGGCAAUUAGGCUAGCAAAGAUAGAAGAUGGGGCUGAAGAUGAUGUUCUUGAAUAUUUUCAGGCAUGUGGUUCUAGGUGCUAUUCUUACAUCAUCAAACCAGGAGCCAAGACUCGAAAGGUUGAUGACAUCCGACAAAGGCUGCGAAUGAGAGGCUUCCGAUGCAACCUUGUCUACACACGUGCAGCAUCAAGGUUGAAUGUGAUCCCAUUAUUUGCAUCAAGGAAACAAGCCUUAAGGUAUCUUUCAGUUAAGUGGGGAAUUGAGCUUUCCAAAAUGUUUGUCUUUGUUGGAGAAAGAGGAGAUACGGAUUAUGAAGAACUACUGACUGGCCUUCAUAAGACCCUUAUCAUAAGAGGCUCUGUGGAGUACGAAAGGGAGAACUUUCUUCACAAUGAAGAUAGUUUUAAAAGAGAAGAUAUUGUCCCACAAGAAAGCUCUAACCUACGCUUUGUGGAGGGAAAUUAUGAAGUUCAUGACAUCUCAGCAGCUUUAGAGACUCUAUUGUUCAAAUGAUCUUUAUUCCUAGAUUUUACUUUUCAUAACAGUUAUCUAUGCAUACACUCUUACGGAUAAUGCAAAAGCAAAGUAUACUUACAAGUAAUAAAUACACCUAUUCCUAAAAUUCAGUUA